GUUGUUUUUCUGUGAAUUCCUCUGAUAUCAACAGUAAAAAUGCAGGAAAAAGACAGGAAGCCGAGCGGCUCGUCUCCACCCAAGGACAAGGACAAGUCCUCUGAGGAGCCGCCGGACGCCGAGGAUCCGGAGCGAGAGAAGAGUUUGUUUCUGACUCAGAUCAGUUUUCUGGACGAACAGCUGGAGAAGUUCCAGCUUCAGUGUGAUGACCUGAAGGAGCAGAAGAAAGACAUCGUCCUGAAGUCCGGCGCUCUGCAGAAGGACACCAGCGACAUCCUGGAGUACCUGCAGCACUACCUGUCUGUGCUGGAGAGGGACGAGGAGGAGCUGAAGGCGAAGGUGGAGAAACAGCUGCAGGGCGACAGACAGAAAACCGAAUCCUUGGAGCUGCUGCUCAGUACGGAGAGAAAGGAGCUGCAGGACAAGUUGGACCAACUGAGCUCAGACAGAGACAACCAGGCUGCCAGGAUAGAGGAGCAGCGGCUGCAGCUGGCCGAACAGGAGCGGAAGAUCAACAUGAAGAAAACUCUGGAUAAGGAGCUGAUCGUCCUGGAGCGGCACCACGCCACCGAGAUCAACAAGAUGUACAUGGAGAAGAGGGAGAUCAUCGACGAGAUGAAGCAGAACGUGAUGAACAGCAUCAGGCAGAGGGUGAAAGCCAUGAUCCAGGAGGAAACCGUGGAGCACCAGAAGCUGCGCGCCAAGGUGGAGUCUCUGUCGCUCCAGAGUUUGGUGCUGCUGUGGAGGAAAAGGGCCGAGCACAACAGAGUGAAGCGUCUUUGUCGAACAUCCAUAAAGAUCCGAGUCAUGAUCCACAGGAUGACCCUGAAAAUCAACAUCCUCAGGAAGGAAUCAGUGAAGCUGAGGAGGAGAUGCAAACUGCUGACGCGUCACAUCAACGAGCUGCAGAGAUCCAGGGAGAACCUGCUGGGCUACCAGCAGGCCUACAGGUCCUGCCUGGCCUCGGGUUCGGAGGAAUGCCGUCAGAAAGCGUCGGCCGUUGCGUCGCUGCUGGAGCGGCUGCAGAAGGAGAGAAGCAUAAGGAAGAACCUGGAGGGAGACCUGAAGAGAGCCGUGUCCAUCCUCACGGCCAUCGCCAUGGAUGCUGAGAAAAUCCCCAGAUCUCAGCCGCGGCUGCAGAACCUGCUGCAGCUGAUGGCCAGCAGGGAGCCGCAGGACGCCGGACCGCCGGAACCUGCCAGGUACCUGGGCCCGCAUGCAGGGAUCAGAACCAGAUGGAAUCAGCUGGGCCGUGAACCGGAUCAGAACUCAGAAUCACGUCCCUCAUCCUGUCUGUCCCGCAGCAGAGACGAGGAGGAGGAGGAGGCGCUCUUCGUCAUGGCCAAACUCAGACCAGGAGACCUCUACCUGGUUCCUGGACCAACAUGGACGCCCAGAACCGCUCCGACCCAACCCAGCCUGACGCCGAGAAACAGAGUGAAGCUUCCUCCCAUCCAGAAGAGUCUGUGGCAGACGGCGCUGGGUGAAUGGAUGGGAUGAUCUGUUCACUUCACUUCUAAUAAAGCUGCUGCUGCUCAACUGGAGCUUUUCUUCUAUCAAAGUUUAAUAAAAACCAGUAAUUUAAAGAGA